AGUCGAUAGAGAGACCUUCCUCUUUCGCACGGUGGAACUGAAUAACACCCGAUACUUGCUAGCCGACUAGACGUUCCUCCUUCGCUACAAUGUCUGCUUCUCGUCUUCUUCUUCAAGGUAUGGCUUCUUUGAAUUACUCCUCACUUCCUACUUCUCUCAGAUCGGCCUCUUCUCAUACCUCCAAUUCUUCAAUAAAAAACCGCAAUUUCGAAUUCAACGGCAUCGAUGAUGCUGUUGAAUGCUUUAAUCGGAUGGUUCACAUGCACCCUCCACCUUCUACGUUCGAAUUUAAUCGAUUGUUUGGUUCAAUCGUGAAAAUGAAUCACUAUUCAGCCGUGAUUUCGCUUGCUAAAUCUAUGGAGCUGUUUGGUAUCAAGCUCAAUAUCGUUAACUGCCUCUGUUGUUUGAGGAAUGUGGAUUUUGGGUUCUCUCUUCUGGGAAAAAUCCUGAAACUUGGUCUCCAACCUAAUACUGUAACAUUCAACAUCAUCAUCAAGGGCUUGUGUGCUGAGGCUAAAGUUGCACAUGCUGUGAGAUUUUUUGAUGAGAUGGUGGAUAAUGGUCAUCAACCUAAUACAGUUACUUACAACACAAUGAUAAAUUGUUUCUGUAAAGUAGGAUACACUCACGUCGCAGUCCACUUACUCAACAAAAUGGAAAGUAGAGGUUGUAAACCAAAUGUGGUAGCAUAUAGUGCAGUCAUUGAUGGCCUAUGCAAGGACAUGCAAUUUGACAACGCUUUCAAUCUGUAUUUGGAAAUGAUGGAACAAGGUGUUACACCAGAUGUUGUCACUUAUAACUCUUUGAUUCAAGGUGCAUGCAAUUCAGGCCAAAGGAAGGCGACUACAAGAUUAUGGAAGGAAAUGAUUGCAAAGAGGAUCACACCAAACGUCAUCACUUUCAGUAUUGUCGUUGAUAAGCUAUGUAAGGAAGGGAAGAUUUUAGAGGCUGAAUGUGUACUUGGGAAGAUGAUUGAUAUUGAUGUGGACCCCGAUGUGUUCACGCAUAGUGCAUUGAUGGACGGAUAUUGUUUAGUAGGCCGAAUUGAUAGGCACUGGAGUUGUUUGAUUCCAUUACUAAAAAGGGUUUUCAAUUUAAUGUUAUUAGUUAUAAUAUAUUAAUCAAUGGAUGUUUUCAGAGUAAACGUAUAGAGAAAG